UCAGUGUCAGUGUCAUUAAUUAUUUACCAACCUUGUACCACAUGGUUAAAAGUGUACAAAACCGAUUGAAAAUAAUUCUCAAUUAUUAUUUUAUAUAUAGUAAAGCUUGCUAAAAAAUUUCAAACUAAAAUGUCGGACGUACCGGACCUGAGCUCCGACGACGAGCAUUAUCAAGACGACGAGUGGCAAGAAAUGGAGACGAGUGAUGUGCCAGUGACAUGCCUGUUUUGCUCAAAUAUAUUUCCUAAUAUCGACGAAACUGUAGUGCAUUGUGAGAAAGUACAUGGAUUUAACUUGAGUACACUCAAAACCAAGUUCAAUAUGGACUGUUAUUCAUACAUUAAACUGAUAAAUUAUGUCAAAACUCACAAAUCGUCCGCAGAGGACAUCAUGCGUGCAGAUAAAUCCCUGUGGGACGACGAAAAGUAUUUAAAGCCUGUAGGUAACGACGAAUGGUUAAUGUUCGACUUCGAUUCAAUUACAGAAAAGUCGUCCUCUCCAAAAACGUAUCAUGCUAAUGUUGAAAAUGGUUUAGUGACGUUAUCACAGGCACAUUUCACUGAACUACAAAGGACUAUACAAACGUUGACUGAACAGCUGAAGGACAGUCAGACCCAUAUCCAGAUGUUAAAGGAAGACAUGAGUAAAAUGCAGGUAUCUAUGCAAUCUAUUGUAGAUGGAGGUUCUGUAAAUAAUGUUGGUGACAGUACUUUAAUUGUUGACUGUGUCUCUAAAGUGCCUUUAGAAUGUGACGAAGGAUACUUCAGCAGCUAUGCACAUUUUGGGAUCCAUUAUGACAUGUUAUCUGAUAAAAUACGCACUCAAAGCUAUAAGGAUGCAAUUUUAAACAAUUCUACGAGUAUAACAAAUAAAACUGUUCUAGAUUUAGGGUGCGGAACAGGAAUACUAUCUAUGUUUGCAGCAACAGCGGGAGCGAAAAAAGUGUAUGCUGUAGACCAAUCAGAUGUUAUAUACCAUGCUAUUGACAUCAUAAGGGAGAACAAGCUAGAAAAUGUUAUAAAUACAGUAAAAGGAAGACUUGAAGACAUAAAUUUAGACGAAAAGGUUGAUAUUAUUGUAUCUGAAUGGAUGGGAUACUUUCUACUGUUCGAAGGCAUGCUGGACAGUGUCAUAUAUGCAAGAGAUAACUGCUUAAAUCCUGGUGGAGUUUUAUUGCCUAAUAGAUGUAACAUUAGUCUUGUCGCAAACGGAGAUGUUGAUACACAUAAAAAGUUAAUCGAGUUUUGGUCUGACGUGUACGGAUAUAAAAUGAAUUGUAUGAAAUCAGAGGUGGUCAGAGAGGCUAGUGUAGAUAUAGUUAGCUCUCAACAUAUAAUAUCUGAACCGUGUAUUGUUAAAGAUAUUGAUUUAUACACUUGUAACACUGAUAUUGUUAAUUUUAUAUCAGAAUUUAAAUUACCUAUAACUUGUGAUGGAUUUGUAACAUCUUUGGUUGGUUAUUUUGAUACAUUCUUUGAAUUACCUCAACCUGUGUCUUUUACAACAGGUCCUCAUGAAACCCCUACACAUUGGAAACAAACUUUGUUCUUUUUCAAAGACUGUACGGAGGUCAAAAAAGGUGAUGUGAUUGAAGGUACAAUCUCUUGUAGGCGCCUCAAAAAAGAUGCCCGAGGACUUUCUGUACUAAUAAAUAUUUUUGGAAAGAGUCACAAGUUUAUACUAAGUUAAGUAUUUUAUUGUUUGAAUGUGAAUGUGUUGGCAGUUAAAAUCUAAUACAUAGCAUACCUUAUGCCAUAAAGUAUUUAUUGGCAUGUAUUCAACAUAGGAAAAGAAAGCCCUGAUGUCCACUCAAGAUUAGAAGGACCAUGCUUCCUAAUAAUAGCAAUAAAAAAAUUCAAGGUAUGUAAAUAUGUAUCCACAAAAUUAUAAUAGUUUGAGUACCACUGCUUUAGGUUACUUAUUACAGAGGUUUUAUACUGUGUAGAACUUAUUUGUAACAUAAAACCCCAUACAGAUGCUUAGCUAUUUUAGCAUGUGUGUUUUAUUGCAUUUGCUAAAGUAAUAAACUAAUUAUCAUCAAUAAUUAUAUCACAUUUGCUAUUUUUCUGCUGUAGUAGCUUCAUAGACUAAGAUUGUUAUAAGUAUGUUUUGACAGCCUCCGUGGCACAGUGGAUUUAGAAGACAGACAUCCUGGAUUUGAUCCUAGGCUGGGCCAAUUGAGGUUCUCUUAAUUGGUCCAGGUCUGGCUGUUGGAAGGCUUUGGCUGUGGCUAGUUACCACCCUACCUGCAAAGGCACUGCCAAGAGUUUAGUGUUCUAGCUAGUUCUAGUUCAAGCCUAACAAGUUAGCCCGCUUCCAUCUUAGAUUGCAUCGUCACUUACCAUCAGGUGAGAUUGUACUCAAGGGCUAACUUGUAAAAAAUAAAAAAAAAUUGUAACAGACAAUAGUUAUAUACGGUAUAUUUAAAAUUAGCUUGCUUGUUAAGACUAAAAAAAUUUUGAAAAGAAACUUGUGUUAUAUUUUGUAAUACAUAAUAAAUGACCUGUGUAGAAAUGGAAUCUCUUCAAUAAUAUCUUCUUCCUUUUUAUAGAAGUACAUAUAGCUAGAAGCACGAGUUAUAAUUGUAGUAUAUUCUUUUUUCCAAAAUAGCAAUUGCGACUUUUCUUGUUAAGUCUUGGUAGAAUCUUCUUUCCAAACCAAAGUGGGAGAGUGGUAGUGGUGUUUAUAGUUAUUCUAUGGUCCAACACAGAUUUGUAUUGUGUCUAGGAUAGGUAGCAGCGGCGAAUAGUAUGCAAGCUGUUCCCGCUUAGUUACCUUUAAGAAUCCAUGCAUAUUCAUUGUUGUACUGUAUCUAGAUAUAUGAGAAAACAGAGUUUGUAUCACACUGUAUGAAUUUCCUUUUCUUUGGGAUACCUUAUCUUCAUCUAAAUUCCAUUCUUCGCCACUGGUAGGUAGUGCAUGGUUUCAUCUAUGAAGUGCACGCCACUGGAGAAUAGCUAGCAAGUUGAAAAGCGGUUCAAAAGUCGAUCAAUUCAAUUAGGCCAUUUAUUCUUUCCAUAUUUUGUUAUAAUAUACACACAAGUUGCAUUAUUUUCUUCAUAAUUUUAAGUUGUAAUGUAAUAUAUGAAUUGUAUUGUAUUAUAGAAAGUUUAACUUUCAUUGACAUGUAGCUUGUAAUAUUUUGUGAUAAUAUAGGUAAUAUAGUGUUUUAUAACAUUUUUCCUAGCAAAGCAUACAAUUUAGGUUAUGUACUGUAUAAUUUUAAACACUUAAAAGUCUGUGUUUUUCUAAACAUUGUUUACAAUUAACGGAGAAAUCUGUAAUAGGUAUACAUAAACACAUACAUGCUUGAUAACUUCCUUUUUGAAUCUAUUUUCAUGUAUAGAAACCCUUUCUA